CGUUUGAUUUUUAACUUCGGCAAAACAAGUAAAACAAAUGGAAUCCUGUUUUUAUAAAUAAGUUUAAAAAAUUUUUACUUGAGCAUAAAAGUCCAACACCCACUAUAUCUUGAAUAAAUUUAAUAUAAAUCUUUUAUGGCUCUGAUUUUUUAUUUGUCAGAAUGAUAUCUAGCUACCCUAUUACAUAUUUCCCUAUAGGAGGUCAGAUUCCUAUGCAGGUAUCAGAUGAUGCUGGAAAGAUUUUUGUUGGAGGGAUUCCUGCAGAAACCACCAAAGAAUCAUUAACAGAAUACUUCCAACAAUUUGGUGAUGUUUCAGACUCAAUUAUAAUGGUCGACAAUAUUACUAGUAGGUCGAGAGGUUUUGGAUUUGUAACAUUUGUAGAUCCUAAUUCUGUAAAUAAAGUUCUUGCUCAUUCUCGUCAUUGUAUUCAUGGAAAAGUGGUUGAUGCAAAGAAAGCUGUUCCAAAAGGUCCUAAUCAAGGAAAUAUUUUGCGCGCAAUGUACUUGCGAGAUGCUGCAAGAAAUGGUAUAACUUCUAAUCGCGCAGAUCGUAAUCCUGAUUGUAAAGUGUUUGUUGGUGGUGUUGCUCAAGGUACCACCGAAUCAGAUUUGGAAUCUCAUUUUCAGUUGUAUGGAAAUGUUCUUGAAGUGAAAAUUCCUAAGGACCAGAACACUCACCGUGCAAGAGGAUUUUCAUUUGUGUUAUUUGAAGAUCGCGAAAGUGUGCUCGCAGCAACUAAAGAAAGAUAUCAGAAGAUUAACGGGAAAACGGUUGAAGUUAAAACAGUCCACAUUCAACCAGCUAAAGAUGACAAUAUUGAUGCUGAAAGUCAAAUACAAAGUCCCUCCUUGCCUUAUGUGCAAUACAGUCAGCGUCCUGGUUUUUAUCAAACUUACCCAUCAGGUUUUCUAGGAGUAGGAGUUGGUCAUAGUGGUGGUGGAAUAAGUCCUCAAAAUUUUUAUGAGUCCCCAUAUGAACCUUCUCCAAGUGGAAGUACCUCCUCUGCAGCUUCUAUAGGGUCUGCAGGGUAUGGUGCUAGAGUAAAUGCAUGGGAACAUCCUCAGCGCAUGUCUUUUAUGGAAGAAUAUCCUUAUAUGGCUUCUCUUUACCCAGCAAUGAAUGACCUCUUGCUAUCACCACAACAACAGUAUGCUCUAAGAUCUAAGCGUUUUAUUCCAAGGCAAUUUAGUCCGGCUGCUCUUAGUUAUUCUAUACAACCUUCUACUUCUGUUGAUCAUACAAACUUCAAUCCAACGCCAACUGCGUUUCAAGGAGAUCCUGUGUCAUAUGGAUCUUCUUCGUUUUCAACUAUGCCUGCUGCUCCCGUUCAUCCUUUUAUUCCCGGAUCCAAUCCUCAAUCAGUAUCUUUACAAGGUUUUGCUUCAAGAUGAUUUUUGGAUUCAACCCUUAAUCAGUUUCUUCACACGAUUUUGCAUCAAGAUGGUUUCUGGAUCCAACCCUCAAUCAGUUUCUUUACGAGGUUUUUUGCAUCAAGAUAAAUUGCAUUGCGUUCAUUUUUACCAUUUAUAGAACAGAUGAAAAGAUUUUCACUUGGCAAUUUUAUUAUUUUGUUGGUAGUGAUUUUAUUUAUUUUAUUGGUCAGGCUGUUAAUCAAACCAAUUAAAAUGAUUUGGUUUGAUUUUUUUAUUGGUCACGCUGUUAAUCAAACCAAUUAAAAUAAUUUGGUUCGAUUUUUUUAUUGGUCACACUGUUAAUUAAACCAAUUAAAAUGAUUUGGUUCGAUUUUUUUAUUGGUCACACUGUUAAUUAAACCAAUUAAAAUGAUUCGGUUUAAUAUUUUUCUACUUUUACUCUAACUUUUUUAAAAUUACUACCCCUUUGCGUAAUCACAAUUUAUUUUAAUAUUUUUUUAAAACUUUUUUUUGUUUUUAAAUUUUUUAACCCUGUUUCUUUUUUUCUUUUUUUUUUUUUGUUUUUUUUCUUCUUUUUCUUAUUUUUAUUAAGUAUUAUUUAGAUAGGCAUCGUAAUUGGAAGUAAAUAAAAAUGACAUCCCUGGUAGUUUAAAGAAAAUUAUUUGCUUCUAUUAUUCUAAAUGCUUGCUGGUGUUACCAGCAAAAUAAUUUGGACCAUGCUGGCAAUACCAGCAAUCGACUUUAAUAUUUACUGUAAAUGACGAAAUUAUUAUUUUCAUUUUAAACUGUGCAUGUAAAAAAUUUUCUUUCUGUCUUAGCUGUUAAAUAUAUUAUAAAUAACAAGUGCGCAUAUUGUAAAAAAGAAUUUAUUUUUUCUUAUAACUGUGGUAUUAUAUAAUUGUAUUAUUUUUAGUUAUAUUUUAAAAAUUAUUGUUUUGCUGUUAACGUAUACUCGCGUUUUUCGUAAUCUUGAUUUAAUAAAUUAUUAACACUUUUUUUAAUAAUAAAGCACACAAAGUUUUAUUUAAAUGUCCAACUCGGUGUUAUCAGUUUAAUAAAAACUUUUUUUUUUGUUGAUAUUUUUUUACAUUUUAAUGUAGAAAAGAGAUUUAAAAGAGACUUUAAUUUAUUUACUUUGUCCACUUUAUUAUAUUAUAUUAUGUAUAGAAAUAUAUAUUUUCAAAAUUAAAAUUAUACACGUACACAGGCUUGUGCAACUAA